AUGACAGAAUAUAGAGAUGAUGUAAAGAAACAAACAGAUAUUGAAUUAGAAAGAAUUGACAUUGAUCAAGAUGUUGGUACAUCAUCAUCGUUUGAACAAUAUCAAAAACAACAGCAUAAAAAUCCAUUACAAAAAUUUUUAUAUAAAAUUUCAUUACAAAAAAAUGAAGAUUUAUCAUUAAGUGAACAAUUUUUAGUUAAUAAAGAUUUAGAACCAGUUCAUGAUGAAAUUGAUAGACCUUGGAGAUGGUGGAAUUAUGUUUCAUUUUGGAUUGCAGAUGCUUUUAAUGUUAAUACAUGGCAAAUUGCAGCAACUGGUGUUCAAGCUGGGUUAACAUGGUGGGAAACUUGGAUUUCAGUUUGGAUUGGUUAUUCAUUAGUUGGUGUAUUUCUUUUCAUUUCUCAAAGAGUUGGUUCACAUUAUCAUAUUGCAUUCCCAGUUAGUUGUAGAACUUCAUUUGGUACAUUUGGUUCAAUUUGGCCUAUAAUAAAUAGAGUUGUUAUGGCAAUUAUUUGGUAUUCAGUUCAAUCUUGGUUAGGUGCUCAAUCUGUUGGAUUAUGUUUAAAAGCAAUAUUUAGUGCAAAUAUUGUUAAUAGAAUUCCAAAUAAAUUGGCAAGUUCAGGUACAACAUCAUUUGAUUUUUUAGCAUAUUUUUUAUUUUGUCUUUUCCAAUUACCAUUUAUUUAUACAAGACCACAAUCUCUAAGACAUUUAUUUACUGUUAAAGCAUGGGUUUGUGCUACUGCAGGUGUUGCAUUUUUAGUUUGGACUAUUGUUCGUGCUGGUGGUAUUGGACCAGUUGUUCAUCAAAAGACAACAUUACAAGGUUCAGCACAUGCAUGGGCAUGGGUUAAUUCAAUUAUGAAUUCUUUAGCAAAUUUUGCCACUUUAAUUGUUAAUUCACCAGAUUUUUCAAGAUUAGCUAAAAAGCCAAAAGAUGCUUCAUUAUCACAAUUUUUAUCAAUUCCAAUUUGUUUUGCAGUUACUUCAUUAAUUGGUAUUUUGGCUUCAUCAGCUUCAACUGCAAUGUAUGGAGAAACAUUAUGGUCACCAUUAGAUUUAUUAGAUCGUUAUGUUAAAGCUGGUACAUCGGGGGAUCGUGCUGGUGUUUUUUUCAUUGGAGCAGCUUUUGCAUUAGCACAAGUUGGUACAAAUAUUUCAGCAAAUUCUAUAUCAGCAGGUACAGAUGGUUCAGCAUUAUUACCAAAAUUUGUUAAUAUUCGUCGUGGUGGAUUUAUUUGUGCCACUAUAGCUUUUACAUUAUGUCCAUGGAAUUUUUUCACUUCAUCAGCAAAUUUUACUACAUAUUUAAGUGCAUAUGCUGUUUUCUUAUCAUCAAUUGCAGGAGUUAUUGCAGCAGAUUAUUGUGUUGUUAGAAGAGGUUAUAUUAAUGUAUUCCAUUUAUAUUCAAAUGGACCAAAAUAUAAUUAUUCAUAUAAUAAAUUGGGUAUAAAUUGGAGAGGUUAUGCAGCAUAUAUUUGUGGUAUUUUACCAAAUGUUGUUGGAUUUGCAGGUGCAGUGGGGAAUAAAGUUCCAAAAGGUGCAACUUAUGUUUAUAAUUUAUCAUUUUUCACAGGUUAUAUAAGUGCAUUUGUUGUUUAUUGUAUAUUGUGUUAUUUUUUUCCAAUUGAUGGUAUACCAGUUAAAAAAUUCCUUACAGAGAAAGGUUGGUAUGAAGAAACUAUUGAUUUUGAAUGUGAAGAUUUUAUGAAUGAAAUUCAAAAUGAUCAUCCAAAUGAUUAUCAAAAACAAGGUAAAUUUUUUUAG